GGAGAAAGAAGAGAUGCAGAACCAAUUCGGGGUCCACUGAUCGGACGGAUAAGCACCAACGAGCAGGUGGAAUCAUCGCCGACCACGUGUCAUCCCGUUGGUGCUGAGUAUAACGGCUUUAACGACAUUCCCGCCAUGAGUUCCCGCCUGAAGACCUGCUCUCCAUUCUCAUUUCUCCUGUUCCCUCCCCACCCUCCCAAUUAAUCCCUCCCUCCCCACUCCGCUUUCGUUCUUCCUUCAUCUCUACAGCUCUCAGUCGAAGAAUGGAUGAGGAAUACGAUGUUAUAGUCCUUGGCACCGGCCUCAAGGAAUGCAUCCUCAGCGGCCUCCUCUCUGUCGAUGGGCUCAAGGUGCUUCACAUGGACCGGAAUGACUAUUAUGGCGGCGAGUCGACAUCUCUUAAUCUCAUUCAGCUCUGGAAGCGAUUCAAAGGCAACGACAAGCCGUCAGAACAUCUAGGCUCGAGCAAGGAGUACAAUGUCGAUAUGGUCCCUAAGUUCAUGAUGGCCAACGGUGCUCUGGUUCGUGUUCUCAUCCACACCAGUGUUACCAAGUAUUUGAACUUCAAAGCAGUUGAUGGUAGCUUUGUGUACAACAAAGGGAAGAUAUACAAAGUACCAGCCACUGAUGUUGAGGCACUGAAAUCUCCAUUGAUGGGACUUUUCGAGAAACGCCGUGCCCGAAAGUUUUUUAUCUAUGUUCAAGAUUAUGCAGAGGAUGAUCCAAAGUCGCAUGAAGGACUGGAUUUGCAUAAAGUUACAACUAAAGAAGUCAUUUCCAAGUAUGGACUGGAAGACAACACCAUUGACUUUAUUGGGCAUGCAUUGGCACUUCAUAGAGAUGAUAGCUACUUGGAUGAGCCUGCAAUUGAUACCAUAAAGAGAAUGAAGCUAUAUUCGGAUUCAUUGGCACGCUUUCAAGGAGGUUCUCCAUAUAUAUAUCCUCUUUAUGGUUUGGGAGAGCUUCCUCAGGGGUUUGCUCGUCUAAGCGCUGUUUAUGGUGGCACCUAUAUGCUUAACAAGCCAGAAUGCAAGGUUGAGUUUGAUGCAGAUGGAAAAGCCUAUGGGGUGACAUCUGAAGGAGAGACUGCUAAAUGCAAAAAAGUAGUCUGUGAUCCUUCUUACUUGCCUGAUAAAGUAAAGAAGGUUGGAAGAGUGGCGCGUGCUAUAUGUAUAAUGAGUCACCCAAUCCCAAACACCAAUGAUUCACACUCAGUGCAGAUUAUACUUCCACAGAAACAACUAAGCCGCAAGUCAGACAUGUAUUUGUUUUGUUGCUCUUAUACUCACAAUGUUGCGCCAAAGGGAAAAUAUAUUGCUUUUGUUUCGACUGAAGCUGAAACGGAUCAUCCCGAGAUGGAACUGAAGCCCGGGAUCGAUCUGCUUGGACUAGUAGAUGAGACUUUCUUCCAUAUUUAUGAUAGAUAUGAACCUACAAACAACCAUGAACACGACAACUGCUUCAUAUCCACUAGUUAUGAUGCAACGACACACUUCGAGUCAACCGUACAAGAUGUCAUCUCCAUGUACAGAAAGAUAACUGGAAAGGAGCCUGAUUUGACUGUGGACCUGAGUGCUGCCAGUGCUGCUACAGAAGAUGCUUAAUCUUUCCUCCAUGGAUGACACUCGAAGAAUGCAUGGGCCUAUAUUAUUGAUCCCAUCUGUGCUUUCUGUUUCACAGUUGAAGACUACAGUACCCUCCUUUUUUUUUUUUCCUUCUCUCUUUGAUGAUGAAUUUGAAUUCAUUCAAACAAGUUAGUUCUGUGCCAUUUUUGAGGAGCCUAAAAGCUCUUGACUAAGUUGCUUGCCUACAAUAUAUGAAUCGAAUCAUCUAUGUAUUGAUUUAAUCUCUUCCAUUAGAUUGGGUUUAUCCUGUAAACAAGGAUGGAAUGAGUUGAUGUAGUAGAGGGAAUCUCCUUUGA